AUGGCGUCGUUCGUGUCCAGUCUUAGUCCGGUGCCCGCCUUCCCAGAGUAUCAAGGUCCCUACAAAGUGGGCACAGUCGACGUCGAGAUACCCGUCUCUGAGCUUGAGUCCCCGAGUUCUGUGCCAGAUGGCUCUUCUCAUAUCCAUACCAUUCUGUUCAGGAUAUUCUACCCUGCCGUGCCCGAAUCUCAGGGGAAACGGGUAUCCUGGCUGCCAGCACCGCAGCGCCUCCAUAUCGCUGCCUAUGCGCACCACACGCACGGAUUGCUAAGUGAGAGCAGCUUUCUCCCCCGACACCUCCACUGGACCUCCAUCCCAGCCCACAAGAACGCCACCCUCCUCCCUCCCCCAUCCGACCGACCCACGGCAAGAUGGCCGACCAUGCUCUUCUCCCACGGCCUCGGCGGCAACCGCAACGCCUACAGCCACCUGGCCGGCUCACUAGCCUCGCACGGCGUCGUGGUCGUCUGCCCCGAGCACCGCGACGGCAGCGCCGCCCUCACCCUCGUGCGCGACCCCCAAAGCCGCGCCCCGCAAACCACCCAACACGCCGUGCCCUACCUGCGCAUCGCCCACACCCAGACCCCCGACGCCUGGUCCGCCCGCACCAAACAACUCCGCGUCCGUCUCUGGGAACUCGGCCUGCUCUUCGAAGCCCUCACCGCCCUCGACCGCGGCGCCGCCACCACCCCCUCCUCCCAACCCAAACUCAUCAACCUCACCACCGCACCCCCUUCCGCCCUCGCCCAGUUCGCCCACGCCCUCGACAUCCACACCCCCGGCCGCGUGCUCUUCGCCGGCCACUCCUUCGGCGCCGCCACCAUACGCCAUCGCGCGCCAGGGGGAGGGAGAGGGGGAGAAAGCGUCGUCGUCGCCGGGGGGGCGGGCGGUGCUGGCGGUGGAGUCGCGCGCGUUUUUCAAGUGGACGGAGCAUUUGCAUGCGAAGGCGAGGAUUUUGUCGCCAAGGCCGGGGGGGAGGGGGGUGGUCACUGGGGGGGUGUUUCGGAGGGGUGGAAGUCUGGGUGGGGAGGGGGGGGGAGGAUGGGGAGGAGGGUCGGGAGGGGGGCAAGGGGUCCUGGGGCCCGGCCGCACUUCUUCUACGUCGAGUCGUCGGCCCACCUCAGCCAGAGCGACUUUGGCGUGCUGUUCCCCUGGCUGACGAAGCGCGUGUUCAAGUCGGACAACCCCGAGCGCGUGCUGCGGCUGAACGUGCGCGCGGUGUUGCAGUUUUUGAGGGAGAAUGGGGUGCCGGUGGCGGGGACGGGGAGGGCUGCGCUGGUGGAUGGCGGGCAUCCUGGUAUGAAGGGGGAGUGGACGGAGAAGGAUGGGAUUAUUCUUGAGAGGUGUAAGGAGGGGGAAGAAAAGGUCGAUGCGUGGAAGUGGAUUGAUGUUGUCGGGCUGGGAGCGAAGGCAGGGCCGUCUGAGUUGGAGAUAAGGGAGAAGGGGAAGGAAGAACGCGAGGUUAAGGCGGAGGAGGGUGAGAAGGAGAUGCAGGGCGAGAUUGAGCCUUCGUUGGAGAGUGUGGCCGAGGGGGCGGCCGUGCAUGCCACUAAGGAGUUGGUUGGUACGGAAAAGUGA